CUUACAACAGCAAUGAAACUGGAAGAAAUUAUAAGAGGAAAGGUGAAGCAAAUGGUUGCAUUCCAGCAACAAUUGGGAUGCUAAAAGGACAACUGACAGUGGGCCUUUCAUCUUCACAACUCCACAUGCUGGCUGACACUUGUACAAAGAAACAUAAAAUAAGCACAAGAGAUUUGGCAUUUGCUGCAACAAAGAAAGUGGAUGGCGGCACAACGGUAUCGACAACUUUACAUGCAUGCAGACUGGCAGGCAUCGAUGUCUUCGUUACCGGCGGCAUUGGUGGUGUUCACAAAGUACACUCCUCCGGAGCAACAACUUGGGACGUCUCGGCGGAUUUAAUCGAACUCGGGCAUUGCCAAGGUGUCGGAGUUGUAUGUUCCGGAAUUAAAAGCAUUCUUGAUGUUCCUGCAACUCUCGAAUAUCUGGAAACUCAAGGCGUGAGUGCGACAGUUUUGGAUCGCAGUUUAGAAGCUCAAUGCGACCCAGCGAAAGUCUUCUUUCCCGACUUCUUUACUCGCAACAGCGGUAUUGUGGCAACGUCUUUCAUAACCGAUCCGUCACAAGCAGCCGAAAUGAUACAUCAAGCAAAGAAACUGGCUCUAAGAUCUGGUUUAAUUUUUGCCGUGCCAAUUCCGGAGAGCGCAGAGCCAGCUGGAGCUGAAAUUAAGAUGGCUAUCGAAAAAGCUGUUUCGUUAGCGAGAAGGUCAUCAGUAACGGGGCGUGACGUCACUCCUUUUGUUUUGUCGGAAGUUCUGCGGAUGACAGAUGGCCGCAGCCUGGCCGCAAACUCCGCGCUCAUCCAGAACAACGCGGCCACGGGAGCUCACGUUGCCUCGGCGUUAGCAAAACUCAGAACAGAGAACCCAUCACGAUCGUCGUCAAGUUUUUAUUUGACUCGUGAAUUAGAAAAACAUCAAUUUUCAUCGGAUCCCCAGUCUGCAGAGAGUCCACAUUUGGAAGACACACGUCCUGCCAGUCCACCGCCUGAGGGCGACAAUACACUGAAGGAAGCUCAUAACACUGCCGAGGUGGUGGUGGUGGGUGGCAGCGUCCUAGACUUCGUCGCUACGGUCACGGAGCCUAAAAUUGAGCUGACGGGACGCACGCACAUGGGACGUCUGACGCAGAGCUGCGGUGGUGUCGCUCGUAACGUCGCCGAGGCGCUCACACGUCACGACGUACGCACGCUCUUCGUCUCGGCCGUCGGGACGGACGCUCACGCGCACGCUCUCGUCGCGGGGAGCCCGCCAGGGAUGAUGGGUGCGGGUGUGGUGCGUGUGGAGACGCUGCCAACAGCUUCCUACUGCACCAUCCUGGACUGUGGUGGUGAAGCUGUGAUGGGCGUUGGUGACAUGGACGUGCAUCGCUGCAUCACCACGCAAUGGGUCUCGAAGUUCCUGGACGCGGUGGAGGGUGCGCGGCUGGUGGUGUGCGACGGUAACACUCCUCAGGCGUCGCUAGACCUUCUGAUGGAGACCUGCAGCUCCAAGGGCGUGCCACUGUGGUUUGAGCCAACGGAUGUACUCAAAGCUCACAAGCCCUGGGCUGGGAACUUGAGACCAGACACAACGGCGGGCUAUUCACUAGCGACUACAGGCGCGGUACAAGCAGAAGCAGGCAACGGUAGGAGCGACGAAGACGAUCAAACAAUGCGAACACACGACGGUCGCGCCAGCAGAAAAGAACACGGAACGCCGGUCAGGCGCGGAGGAUUGAUGUUUGCAUCUCCAAACCUCAACGAGCUACGCAUCAUCUGCAACUUCCUCAAUCUAGGCGACGUGCCCCCCAUUCCAUCGGAAAACGUGGAUUUGCCGAACUUCCUGAGCCACAUCGUCGCCAUAACCGCUCCUCUCUUCACCUCGCACAAUACGAAGGCACUUCACAACCAUCAUGUCGGCGAUAAUGUGGCACCUCCAAACAAUGAACGUUGCAUCACAACUCAAGUUUCCUUCAGCUCUCAAACGUUGACAGAACGUGGAAAGGGAGUCGAAAAUUUGAAUGAACGUAAUCAGAGUCCUAAAAAUUCUGUAAAAAAUGGCGGAUCAUUUGAACAUAUCGGAGACAAAAAUGCAUCACCCGGCGGCUCAUUAUAUGGUUCACAAUUGAUUGAAAAUACCAGGACAGAGCAUGGAGAAGAUAUCGUAAUGGUAUCGCCAAAAUCGCGGCAAUCCGGAACUUUGACUCCGGCGAUGACUGCGCUCAUGGUGACGCUGGGGCAGCACGGCUUCUUGGUGGUCCGACGAGCUGUGACGGGCGAAGAGGACUCGCCACUGAUGCCAUCCUCAGCAGCGACGACGCGUGGUCAAGGUUCCGACGAAAGAGGAGAGGUCGUUGGGCUUCACUUCCCACCACCAGCCUGCGACUCCGUGGUGUCGGUGUCUGGGGCUGGCGACUGUCUGGCCAGCGGUUUCAUAGCAGGCAUGCUGCGUGGCGGGCUGGUGUCGGAAUGCGCGGCGGCGGCCACCAGAGCGGCGCUGCUGUCGCUGCAGGCCACCGCCGCCGUGCCACCAACACUCGGCGCGCCUCCAGCAGUCGUGGGGGCAGACAGACUGGCCUUCACGCUCGUUCCUCACCGGGACUGAGUCGGACAAUUCCUCAGUAGAAAUGUUUUCUGAAUUACUUACUUAAUGCACCAUAAGGGAUAUCAACUUACUUUUAGUCAAAUUCAUGCCUGUAUCUAACAUUUCAACAUAUGGUGUAAACGUGGGGAUUUUUAAAUUUACUUUAUUUUGUUAAUUUAGGGAAAUUUCAGAAUGAGCGCACUGAAAAUGAAUUCAGCCGUGCUUACGUCUCUCACAUUCAAUAAACAAUGCAGACCGUUCAAAAAUAAAAAAAAUUGAACACUGAAA